AUGAUGAAGAACAGUCUGCUCAUCUUAAUCUGCAUGAUCUUGGCUAUUGGAACAUGUGGAGGUCCUUUGUUAACUCGUCUCUACUACAACAAUGGCGGAGAACGAAUCUGGUUCAUGAGCUUUCUCUCAACCGCAGGUUGUCCGGUCAUCAUCAUCCCUUUAAUUAUCUCCUUUCUCUGCCGUAGAAACCACAACAACUCAGAAAACAUAGAAAAAACCCAGAUUGUCCUCAUGGAAACUCCUAUGUUCAUGGCCUCUAUCGUCAUAGGGUUGCUCAUAGGACUUGACAACUACUGUUUCGCAUAUGGGUUAGCUUAUCUUCCACUUUCCACAACAUCACUCAUUGUCGGAACUCAGUUAGGGUUCAAUGCUAUCUUCUCUUUCUUCAUGGUCAAGCAAAAGUUCACUCCUUUUUCUAUAAACGCCGUCGUUUUGUUAACGGCCGGCACGGGGAUCCUGGCCUUACGCGGCGAUGGGGACAGGCCGCGUGACGUGAGCCACAAGGAGUAUGUGGUUGGGUUCCUAGUGACUCUCACCGCAGCUGUUCUUUACGCUUUUAUAUUACCGUUCGUUCAGCUCACUUACAAGAAAGUUCGACAAGAAAUCACUUUCACACUUGUGCUGGAGAUGCAGUUGGUCAUGUGCCUCGCUGCUUCUUGCUUCUGUAUUGUUGGGAUGUUUGUAAACGGCGACUUUAAGGUAAACAAAGAAUCUAAUCUUUAUGCUUUAUUCAAAUUAAAACACUCCUCUUAA